UUCUAGUAGUUAAAUUGCGUUGCCUUAAAAGUCAAAACGAUUAUUCAUUAUUGAUAUAAAAUGGAUAGACACUCCCUAAAUCUGUAAUACUAAAUAGAAAAUGAACUCAUUGACGAACCACUAAGUUGCAGCAUAUUAAAGUUUAAUAUCAAAACUGCUAGAUGUUGUGAUAUGUCAUAAUAAGUACAGGAAAAAUUCAUAACGGUAUAGGACAUCCUGUUCUCCAAAAUGUCCACCAUGUCGAGAUCUAUUCACAUCAGCCAGCAGAAGCUAGCUGAAAAACUCAUCAUUCUGAAUGAUCGGGGCAUAGGAAUGCUCACGAGAAUAUACAACAUUAAAAAAGCUUGUGGUGAUGCUAAGUCUAAACCUGCAUUCCUCUCUGAUAAAACACUUGAAUCUUCAAUAAAACACAUUGUCAGAAGAUUCCCAAACAUAGAUGUCAAAGGACUUCAGGCAAUUACAAAUAUAAGGAAUGAAAUAAUUAAAUCAUUGUCACUUUAUUAUUUUACAUUUGUCGAUCUUCUUGACUUUAAAGAUAAUGUGUGUGAACUAUUAAACAUAAUGGACUCAUGUCAAGUUACCUUAGAUUUGACCCUUAACUUUGAGCUUACUAAGAAUUAUCUUGAUCUGGUGACCACAUAUGUUACUCUCAUGAUACUGCUUUCUCGUGUAGAGGAUAGAAAAGCAGUACUGGGUUUGUUCAAUGCUGCACAUGAGAUGGUCAAUAGUCAAAUCGAUUCAAGUUUUCCACGGCUUGGGCAAAUGAUUGUGGAUUAUGAUAUGCCACUAAAGAAACUUUCAGAAGAGUUUCAAAUGCAUCAAAAAGUAUUAUCAAGUGCAUUGAGUUCACUCUGGCAUGUUUACCCUGCAAGGAACCUGUCUGCUGAACAUUGGAGGUCGGAGCAAAAACUAAGUUUGGUAAGCAACCCUGCCCAACUGUUGAAACCUUCAGAAACACACACAAUGUCUUGUGAGUAUGUGUCCUUGGAGGCUCUUGAAAGAUGGGUCAUAUUUGGCUUUGCUAUGUGCCAUCACAUGCUUCAACAAGAUCAUGCAAAUAAAAUGUGGGUAAGUGCGCUGGAGUCCGGUUGGCUUGUUGUACUUUUCCGUGAUGAAGUUAUAUAUAUCCACUCCUACAUACAGAGCUUUUUUGAUGGUAUUAAAGGUUACAGCAAAAGAAUAUCUGAAGUAAAAGACUGUUACCAUCAUGCUGUUCAGAAAGCUGGAUAUAAGCACAGAGAGAGAAGAAAAUUUUUAAGGACAGCUUUAAAGGAGUUAGGACUUAUAUUGACUGAUCAGCCCGGACUAUUAGGACCCAAGGCUUUGCUAAUAUUUAUUGGUCUUUGUUAUGCUAGGGAUGAAGUGUUUUGGCUGUUACGUCAUAAUGACAAUCCCCCACAAAAAGUGAAAGGCAAAGCAACAGAAGAUCUAGUGGAUCGUCAGUUGCCUGAACUUUUGUUUCAUAUGGAGGAGCUAAGAGCUUUGGUCAGAAAAUAUAGCCAAGUUAUGCAAAGGUACUAUGUCCAAUAUUUGUCAGGCUUUGAUGCCGUAGCUCUGAAUCUCAUGAUUCAAAACUUACCAGUGUGUCCAGAAGAUGAGAGCAUUAUUCUGUCUUCAUUGUGCAACACAGCUUUAAAUUUAAGUGUCAAACAAGUGGAGAGUAAUGAAUUAUUUGAUUUUCGUGCAUUCCGACUGGACUGGUUUAGACUGCAAACAUAUACAUCAGUUGGUAAACCCCCAUUUAAUUUAGUUGAUCAAAGAGAAUUGGCUCAGUUUAUUGAUAAGAUGGUUUUUCACACCAAGAUGGUUGAUAAUCUUGAUGAGAUAAUGGUUGAAACAUCUGAUUUGUCACUGUUUUGUUUUUACAAUAAAAUAUUUGACAGUCAAUUCCAUAUGUGUCUAGAGUUCCCAGCCCAGAAUAGGUACAUAAUUGCAUUCCCACUCAUAUGCAGUCAUUUCCAAAACUGUACCCAUGAGCUUUGCCCUGAAGAACGACAUCAUAUUAGGGAAAGAAGUCUCUCAGUUGUUAAUGUAUUCCUUGAUGAGAUGGCGAAAGAAGCAAAAAACAUCAUUACAACUAUAUGUGAUGAACAAUGUACAAUGAGUGAUAAGCUUCUUCCGAAGCAUUGUGCUCAAACCAUUGCACACCUGGCUAACAGAAAAAAGAAAGACAAAAACAAGAAGAAUACUAUCGAAAUUAUCAAACCAGGUGCAGAAAGUUAUAGGAAAACAAGAGAAGAGUUAACAACAAUGGACAAGUUGCACAUGGCACUUACAGAGUUAUGUUUUGCCAUCAACUACUGUUCCACUGUCAAUGUUUGGGAGUACACAUUUGCACCAAGAGAAUACCUGCAUCAACAUUUGGAAACUCGGUUUUCAAAAGCAUUAGUCGGUAUGGUCAUGUUCAACCAGGACACAAGUGAAAUAGCAAAGCCUUCUGAAUUACUUGUUAGUGUUAGAGCAUACAUGAAUGUUCUGCAAACUGUUGAAAAUUAUGUUCAUAUUGACAUCACCCGUGUUUUUAAUAACUGCCUCCUACAGCAAACCCAAAACAUGGACAGCCAUGGUGAAAAAACGAUUGCUUCACUGUAUACACAAUGGUAUUCAGAAAUUUUGUUAAGAAGAGUAAGCGCAGGAAACAUUUGCUUCUCAAUGAAUCAAAAAGCAUUUGUAAGUCUUUCAGCAGAAGGAGCAAUCCCAUUUAAUGCUGAAGAGUACUCUGAUAUUAAUGAAUUGAGAGCUUUAGCCGAGUUGAUAGGCCCUUAUGGCAUGAAGUUAUUGAGUGAAACACUAAUGUGGCACAUUUCAAGUCAAGUUCAGGAAUUAAAGAAGUUGGUUGUGCAAAACAAGGAAGUUUUGCAAAUGUUGAGAACAAAUUUUGAUAAACCGGAUAUAAUGCGUGAACAAUUUAAAAGAUUACAAAAUGUUGACAAUGUCUUGCACAGAAUGACAAUAAUAGGAGUAAUAUUGAGCUUCCGUCAGAUAGCACAAGAGUCGUUGCUGGAUGUUCUAGAACGACGAAUUCCAUUUUUAAUUAGUUCCAUUAAGGACUUCCAACAGCAAUUACCGAGUGGAGAUCCGAUGCGAGUUAUUUCGGAAAUGUGCUCGGCGGCUGGAUUGCCCUGCAAAGUGGAUCCAACACUUGCAUCUGCACUGAGACAGCACAAGGCUGAACUGGAAGAAGAGGAACAUCUUAUUGUAUGUUUACUGAUGGUAUUUGUGGCUGUCUCACUGCCGAGAUUGGCUCGUAGUGAAGUAUCUUUCUAUAGACCAUCAUUGGAAGGCCAUUCUAACAAUAUACACUGCAUGGCACCAGCUAUUAAUCAUAUAUUUGGUGCAUUGUUUACUAUUUGUGGACAAGGCGACAUAGAGGACAGGAUGAAGGAGUUCCUAGCUCUGGCAUCCUCAUCAUUACUACGAUUGGGCCAGGAGACUGAGAAAGAGGCAAUCAAGAACCGUGAAUCUGUUUAUUUGCUGUUGGAUCUUAUUGUCCAAGAGUCCCCGUUCCUUACUAUGGAUCUCUUGGAGUCAUGCUUCCCAUAUGUAUUGAUACGAAAUGCAUAUCACGAAGUUUACAAACAGGAGCAAAUGCUUUUGCAUUGUUAGUCUAAAAUUAUAGUAUUUCUACUGUGAACCAUAUUUUAGACAUUAAUUGAUAGUAUUAGUGAUAUAGCAUACCUAAUAUCUCACAUUGCUAUAUAUACUUCACAUUUCUAAUUCAAAACUCCAUAACCACAUACAUUCGCUGUACAAAGACUGUAAACAGAUUCCUUUUUACUAUGUACACCAUACUAAUUAUGGUAAUUAUCAAAUAAUCCAUUGUUUAAGUAGAACUUUUGCUAUAGUUAAUAUUUAUAACACUAUAUUAUAUUGUGUAGUUUAGGCAUUUUAUACAACAUGCUUUUGUAUUGUGGUGUGAAAGUGAUUUGUUAUAAGCCAAAUGUUGAUUUCUUAUAGAUUUUUAUUUUAUAUCUCGUUAAUUAUGUUCAUUUUAUACCUUAUUACUCGCGUGAAAUACAUUGCUGUUUAUUCCCACCAAGAAGCUUGCGUAAAUCCUUAGAUAAUAAUAUUAUAUAUAAAUUAUAAUUAAUAAUAAACUUUUAGAUCUAUUCAUUCGUCUUUGAGGGUUGAACUUAGUAUCCCGUAGCAUGAAUUAGGAGGUAAAGUAGGCUAGCUGACCCGACAGACGUUGUUGUCUAUAUCUAUAUAUAUAAAAAUGAAUUGCUGUUCGUUAGUCUCGCUAAAACUCGACAACGGCUGGACCGAUUUGGCUAAUUUUGGUCUUGAAUUAUUUGUGGAAGUCCAGGGAAGGUAUUUUAAAAGGUGAAUAGACCUUCCCAACGCUAAAAAUGUCAUUAUUUGUUGAUUAGGUUACAAUACUAUUCUCUGCAUGGGUGCAAUAGCUUGUAGUAUGAGUGGUAGCAUUAUAAUCGUGGAUUAAAGUUCUAUCAACUACGGGAUAUUAAGUUUUAACCGUAUUUGAAAAUUAUACCAGAUGCUUCGGGUAUUAAGUAAUUUUUUAUUUCAUACAAUUUGUACGUAAGAGUAAUGUAUGCCAAAAAUAAUUGCUGGUAUAAACAACAUUUUUCAGAAUUGAUGUCAAAUCUUGAGGCUGUAUUUUAAAUUUUGUUCCGUAAAUGCGAUGCGUUUUAGUAUAUGUCGAACUGUAAUUUAUGAAUUAUUUAUAUGUUGUGUUUUACAUACAGUAAAAGUAUGCAAACUAAACAUAGAUAAUAUAAUUUUCAUGGCCUAACUCAAAAAAAUGUUACUUAUCUUUUCUCAAUUUCUCAAUUUGUUGUCUGCUGACAUUACCCGGUUUUUUUGUCAUUUUUGUCUUAAUAAAUUUCUAUUUUCUUGAUAGAAAUAAAGACUUGCGUGACUUUUUUACUGAUUUACUAAAAAUAAAAUUCGAUUUACACGAAAAAUAUUAUCACUUAGUUAAUAAUUAUCUAUCGCAUUAAAAAAACAUUCUAUGGCGCUUACGUUUAUUGCUUUUAGAUGGUUUGCGUAGGUACCACCAGUGGGAGGCUCCUUUGCACAGGAUGCCGGCUUGAUUAUGGGUACCACAACGGCGCCUAUUUCUACCGUGAAGCAGUAAUGUGUAAGCAUUACUGUGUUUCGGCUUGAAGGGCGCCGUAGCUAUUGAAAUUACUGGGCAAAUGAGACUUAGCAUCUUAUGUCUCAAGGUGACGAGCGCAGUUGUAGUGCCGUUCAGAAUUUUUUGGGUUUUGCAAGAAUCCUGACCGGCACUGAAUUGUAAUGGACAGGGCAUAUCAAUUACCAUCAGCUGGACGUCUUGCUCGUUACGUCCCUUAUUUUCAGAAUAAAAAGCUACUUGCUAAACUUGAGUUCCAGUUAAGCCACGCGCAUGAUGUUUUAAUCUAUUUUUAAUGUAUAUCCUUUAGCAUUUACUUUUAAAAGACAUUCAGCAAGGAUGUGUAAUAUGUACCACAAGCAAAUAGAAUAUUUCUAAAUACACUGCUUUUAAUUCAUUAAUUUGAAACUAGCAAUUUUUGAAAUGAAUUUAGUUAUUUACAUUCCAUUUCAAAGCGUACGUGAAAAAAAAAUGAAGUGUAUUUGUGGAUUGCAAUAAUUGGCAAUGUUAUAUUCAUCAAGACAAUAUAAUAUAGGCACCUCAUAAGUUCAUCAAUUUAUACUAGAUUGUAAACCUAGUUGUUUUAUAUUUAGGACACGUGCAAAUUAUGAUGCUAAGACUAUUAUUAUAAGACAUUUUGUAACUCGUAUUAAAAUGAAUAUCAUAUUAAA